AUGCCCAGCGGUGCCGGCGGUGCCUGCUGUUCCGGUCGGCGGUCGGCAGCCGCGGCCGUGUGGCGCGCGCAACUGCCGGGGCGGGUUCUGCGAACUGUGGGAAGUGUGAAGGACGGGCGUGGUGGUGGAAGGGCUGGGGGGGCCUGGGGAGGGGUGGUGGGUGGAGGGCUUGAGGUUGGGAGCCACUAUUCUCCUCAUUCUUCAACCAAGGAACCUCCUCGUUGGUACUUCCACGAUGCGAGCAGUUGUCAAGGUCUGUGGGUCAACGGCUUGUUUACUUGA